AUGCCCUUCCCCAACUCCCUCCUCCCCAAUUCAACCUGGCGGCACAUCGGCCUCGGCCUCACCACCACCGUCUUCGCCCUCGGCGGCCUCGCCCUCAUCAACCCACCCGCCGCCGGCGCCGCCCUGGGCGUCACCCCCACAACCCCGGAAGGCCGCGAGAUCAACGAAAAAUCCAUGAUUUUCCUCGGAAUCCGGGACGUCGCUGUCGCGGGCGCGAUGGCGUGGUUCUGGCGGGAAGGGAAAGAUAGGGAGGUCGGUGUGCUGUUGACUGCUUGGGUGGCGGUUUGUGUGACGGAUACGUGGGUGGCGCAGUGGGGGAAGGAGAGGUGGGAUGGGGGGAUUUGGGGACUGGUUGCUGGGGCGGUGGUGGUGGGGUUGGCGGGAGCGGGGUUGGUGCAGUGUUGA